GGCUGAAUCUGAACGUGGAGCACAUCGAUCGGAAUUGUAUAUUGAUAGAAAUGGAGAGCCACAAGCCGUUCAGUUAUAACCCUCAGGAAGUUCCUCCAAUUUUAAAUCAGCCACAAUCAACACAGCCGCUAAUUAUUCUGGCUCCGCUAAAUGUGCUGGGGAAAACUUCAUCUAUGGCGACGUGCCCGAGCUGCGGUGUCCGCAGUAAAACGAAGGUCGAGUAUGAGGCAAGAAACAAUACUCAUUUGCUGGCCCUCCUUAUUUGCUUGGUGGGAGGUGUUUGUUGCGUUUGCUGUCCGUACUGGAACGAUUCCUGCCAGUCGGCCAAACACACCUGCAGUAGCUGUGGAGCCUAUGUGGGCACAUACAAGAACUAGAAGUCCCACCCGAAAACCGAAUAUCACAAAGAUAAAUUUCAAAAGAACAAAUAUAAUUUGUUCAAGUAUAUAAAUAUUGACGUCAUGCUACGCGAAAAAUGUAGUAAAACGAAACCCUGUAUUCUCAAUAUAAUUCCACCACUUUAUAUUGAUCUUCGAAAUUAGACUUACCACACCAUGAUACUCAACCAUUGCGCCUAUCCCAGUUUAUAUUUUGAAAAAUCCUAUUAUGUAUAUUUGUACAUUCAAUAAAAAUAAAUAAUUA